GAAAAACACUUUAUUUGUCCCAGAGGGGCAAUUAAAAGGCACAGAGAGCACCACAUAGGACACAGACAGAUACUCCUCACACCCCCACAGCAUUAUGGAGAAAGAACAACAACGGUUUAACUAAGGUUGAUGUCAAGGUGAAAAAACAUGACUCGAGAUAGCUCAAAACUGCACAGGCUUGCAAAACAGUGUUAGGUGGCUAGAAUCUGGCCAGAUUAGGUUCUCUAGGGCAAAGAAGGAUAGAUUAACCAUCCAUUAAUUACAAAAGAACAAUUAAGGGAUACUAAGUUAAGAAUGAUCAGGUGAAAUACAGGUCAGUGAAUAUGCCCUGUACAUCACAUCAUUCGUAAAUAUUGGUCAGUGUUUGAACCUAUUUCUCUGAGAGCAGACAAGGUUGAGGGCAGAUGGUCUGGUUUAUAGAUAGCACUGAUUUUCCAAAGUAGCCGGACUAGUGGAGAAGUAUAGUACAUGAACCUCUCAAGUGCUUGUUACUUGUAAUGGGCUAUUAAUGGAAACUUAGACCUAAAAACAACAUCCCCAGUGAUUGGAUCAUUGAUUGCCAUUUUCAUUGGCUAGUUCGGCUGUCUGUCAGGGGCUGCAGUCGCUGGUUCGUUUAAACCCAUGAAUUACGCAGGGUUACUAAUCUUCGUUUAGUGCACAGGCAUAGGAUUGUGUCGCCGCGUCCCCCAAGGCGUUGACAGAGCAUCUGUUGGAAUACAACUUCACUCCGAAAAUCAGCUCCAGCUUCGUUCAGCAUCUCUGAAUAGCGAUCACACGGUGUAUAUACGCGCGUAAAUGGAGUUUCAGUCGUUGUCGUGACUGUUCUCCACCGCCUCUCACCCUGCAGAAGAUUCUGCGUUGAAGUUGCAGCAGCAUCCAUACCAUCGCGGCUCUCAUCUUUUGCAGACAUGGGAACCGUCCUCUCUAUAUCUCCUGCGUCAAAGAAGGCAUCAAUUAUGGACGCCGAAGUCGCAGGAGAUGGACUCAAAAACGAUAAGAGCCUUAAGCGGCAUUCGAUGUUCGUCUCUCUCUCCUGGAAGAAACUGGUGGCCAAUUCGGCCAAGAAGAGUGCCAAGAAAGUGACCCCGAACCCGCUGCCCACACGUGAACUCCCGUCCAUCCAGGUGGCUCAGCUCAACAGCGAAAACAUCAGGAAAACGUAUCAAACCGAAGAGAAGAAACCCAAAGCGCCCAUCCCAGUCCCGGUGCCCACAGUACCCACGCAAACCAAGGAGGCUGGUGUCCAAAACGGGAGACUCUCUUCGGUCCAGAAGCAACCCAGCAGCCUGUCUCUGGUGUCACCGAGGCGGAUUGUUAUCCAGGCUUCAACAGGAGAGCUGCUGCGCUGUUUGGGGGACUUCGUGUGCCGCAGGUGUUACAAACUGAAAGAGUUAAACAGCGGAGAGGUGAUCCUCUGGUUCCGCAACAUCGACCGGACUCUUUUGCUCCAAGGCUGGCAGGACCAAGGCUUCAUCACGCCGGCUAACGUGGUGUUCGUGUACCUCUUGUGCGAAGACACGAUAGCGGACAGCGUCGACAGCCCGGCCGAGCUGCAGGGCACCUUUCAGACUUGCCUCUACCUCGCCUACUCCUACAUGGGCAACGAGAUCUCCUACCCACUCAAGCCGUUCAUGAACGACACGAACAAGGACGUUUUCUGGGAGACCUCGCUCCGGAUCAUCAACAGGAUGAGUGCCAAAAUGCUGCAGCUGAAUGCGGACCCGCACUUUUUCACUGAGGUCUUCCAGGACCUCAAAAACCAACGAGAAGCCAGCGAGACAAACCUUGAUCGCUGACAUGGAAACGAACGAGACACUGGUGUUUUCUAAGAUGAAUGUUUUGCAAAAUCACAUAACGGUGGUUUUGAAUGAACGGGCCAACGUUGAAGGCUUCUCACCUGUGGGCUGAAUAUCUCUCUCAUGAUCAACAACUUCAGUAUGGUGUUUAGGCUACAGUGUAGGAGAUUUCAUAAAUGCAUGCCAGUGGUAUAUUGUCCUCUUUUGUCUUGUCCAUUGAGUGACGCAGGGAUUGACUUCGUGGUAGCUACAAAUCACAUUGUAAGUGACACUCAAAUCCCCGCUUCAUUCAUGAUUAGCCCGCUUUCUGAGUAAGUGGGUGGGUUCGCAGUGAGGUGAGGUUCCAGGCAGGACCAGAAUAGAUCUGUGUAUGUGAGGAGUCGGAGAGGCGGAGCUGUCCGAGGUGCUGACCUGUGCAGCCACCCCCCACCCCCGUCACUUUCCACAACCGAGCCCAGUGUGGCUUAAGAGGACUGGAGUCAGCCAAGUACACUUUCAGCACAUAAGCCUAAGCCUUGUGAGCAGAGGUGUACAGUGUAUUGUGCUUUUUAAAGUCUCAGCCAGGUGAUAGCUAAGCUGUUAAACAUGCAACAGAAAGGCCUAUCAGAAGUAUGUUUCUGUAAAGGGACAAAACCCAUUACUUGUUAGAACUGUAGAUAUUCCUCCAUGGGUAGCAUAUAGUUCUAAAGCUUGUGUUCAUCUGCAAACCUUGGCUAGAUGUUAAAAGGUCCCUUCUGCAGAAAAACACCUUGCUAUAUAUAUAUAGCUAAGUUAAUACCUGGUUGGAAUAUUUCCUAUCUCCUCUUGUGUGAUAAAAACACCAAAUUAAGCAUAACAAUGGCCUAAUUUUGAAUUAAGGUAACUUGUUUUUGCCUACCAAUGUUUUAUGGUAGUAAUGUACCUCCAAUUGGGUCACUGGUUCAAGUUGAACAUGAGGGGAAUUAGUGAAGGGAGUAUCUUCCCCUCUAGAAUGUGAUAAACUGCACUAAAUGGGCCCAUAAAUGGCCAUACAGCUAACAGCUUAUCAAACUGAGGCCUCUGAUAUGUAUUGCUUUUCAAUACAUGUUGUCCACUGUGAUGUAUUGCUUUGCAACAUAUUGCAGAGGUCAACUAGAGACUGAAUGGAAUGUACAGUUUUUCAAGAGAUUUAUUUAAAUCUCAUAUGUGCCAAAUAUAAAAAUGUUUUUGGCCUGAAUCUAUAUAGUUUACAUGUACAUAUCCCACAUGUUAAAUUUGCUCUUUAUUUUAUUUUCCUCUGCCUGUUUCUGAAGGUAGCUGAAUAUAAUGUAGUUCAAGCAUUACAAAAACAAACAGAGCUUAAUGGUCAAAUGGUAUUUUUACCCUGUUCUUUAAAUGUGCUGUGAGCCUCAGUUCGUUGGAUUCAGUUCAUUUUCAAUUCAGUCAAUUCAGGAAGGAUGUUUCCUCAUAAUGUAAAUAUUAAGUGUGAACAUCUCAUUAGUAAGUGGCAGACUAUCAUUUGCACAUGUGUCACUGCAGUUUCUGUAAGCUAAAAGUGAUUUGACUCCAACUCUGAAACCAAACUUAUAAGGCAAACGUGACAGUUAGUAUUCAGUAUUACGGUCAAUCUAAGUGAUAAUUGUGAUGUUGUUUUGUGAGUUAAUUGUUUGGAAAGUGGAAUAUAAUGCUGCUCUUUUGCACAGCUGUGAACAAACUUUUGAUGUUUUGCACAGUGGUAUAAAAUAAUGGUUAUGUACCAGUGUUUUCUUUCAGGCACUGGACUGUUUGCCAUUAAGUUUGCAGCUACUCUGACCAAGUCUCGCUCUAGGAUGAUCAUCUGUGAGUUAGAUCUUUUGUACAGUUAAUUUUUCCUAUAUGUCAGCUAUGGACAGUACUCACUCUCUCUACAUGUUAAUAAAAGGUCAAUGCAGUUAUUGUUUAUGGUGACCAUGAUGAAAUAAAUCCAAACUUAUGUAGGA